ACAGCUGUGGUGAGCUAAAGCUAGUUAGCAUUGAGUGUGUUUGUGUCAGCGGUUUGAGUCGUUGUCUGAACGGGAAAACAGAGUCAAUUUUAAACCAGGAGUGACCGACUUGUUGUCUGUCAACUCUUCAAACGAUGAAGUUUCAGUACAAAGAGGAGCACCCUUUCGAGAAGAGGCGGUCCGAGGGCGAGAAAAUAAGGAAGAAGUACCCGGACAGGGUCCCAGUCAUUGUGGAAAAGGCUCCCAAAGCCAGAAUAGGAGAUCUGGAUAAGAAGAAGUACCUUGUCCCCUCUGACUUGACAGUGGGCCAGUUUUACUUCUUAAUCCGGAAAAGAAUCCACUUGCGAGCUGAGGAUGCUCUCUUCUUCUUUGUAAACAACGUCAUUCCACCCACCUCAGCCACCAUGGGCCUGUUGUACCAGGAGCAUCAUGAAGAGGACUUUUUCCUCUACAUUGCCUACAGUGAUGAGAGCGUGUACGGGAGCAGCCAAAGGGAAAUCUGAUCUCCUCCUGCCACUUUCCCAUCUUUCUGAGACCUCCAUUGUUCAUUCAUUUAAAUAUUAAAUAUUAAAUCCAGCUCUGCAGCCUAGACAUCCCAGAGUAAACAUGUCAACUGCACUUUCAUCUCUACUAUACGUCACUGCGCUCUCGGUGAACUCGUCUUUAUUAUUCUGCAGUCUGAAUUGUAUUUCCUCCACUCUUCUAUAACUAUUCUCAUUAUGUGGUCACUUGGCCAGUUAUUUUCCUAGUGUCAUAACUGAUCAUAGUUUAAAGGAAGGGGGGAAAAAGUGAAUCUAAUCUUAGAAUUAAGUUGUAAUGAUAGUUGCUCCAAUGUUGAGAAAGGAGGAGAAAAAAAAGGCAGUAAUUCUUGAUUUAAAAUCAGCUUCUACAUAUAAUGAAAAGUAACUAUUGGCUGCCUAGUUGUGCUGACCUGCUUGGUAUACAAAUGUUUUGAGAGAAGGUUAGAAGUGAAAUUCUGAUGGAGUAAAAGGAUAACUGUUUUGCAGCAGUUGUUUUCCUAGCAGAAGAAUCUGAAGUGGUGAGCCUUGUCUUUUCUUUCCCCGGCUAUUGACGUAUGUAAGCACACAAUGUCCUGCCUGCAUCCGAUGUUAGGAGGGUGAUAGAAUUCAGACUACACAGCCAUCCUCUGCUUCCAGUGGUAUGAAUAUUCUGUUGACCGCUAUAAUUAUUGUUAAUGCUGUUCAGUUUAGUUGGCUUAUUUUCUAAAGGUCUUGUAAAGCUGGGCGCUAUCUUCUUUUUUUUUUUAAGUUUGUCUUUUUUUUUUUUUUUAAUGGAAAAACAAUUUGAUCUCUGUAUACAGCUACAUUACUGGCUAUUUCUCUCCAUUCAUUACCAUACCUGAUAAAAAUGUAAUGAAAGUC